AUGGCCGAUGUGACUAAGGAAGCACAGCACAAACCGGGCGUUCCUGAUACAUACCACAGCGGACCAGGGUCUGAGGCUGCGGAAAAGGAGCCUCCAGUAGCCGACAAUCAGACUGAAAUACCGCCACACAGAAUACUCAAUGCACCGGAGGCUCUCAAAUCCUUGCUUAACGACAUUGAUCCGCGUAUUGAAGGCAGAUGGACGACACACAAGGAGGAGACCAUUCGAGGACCUUACGACUACAUCAGCUCUGCGCCCGGCAAAAAGUUUCGAACACAACUCAUCUGUGGCCUAAAACUUUGGCAUCGCGUCCCUGUCGAGAGCCUAGAGACCAUUACCAGUGUGGUGCGGAUGCUGCACAACGCCUCACUCCUCAUCGACGACAUACAAGACAACUUUACGCUGAGGAGGGGGCGCCCUGUAGCCCACAGCAUUUAUGGAGUUGCUCAGACCAUAAAUUCGGCCAACUUUGUCUAUUUUCUUGCUCUCGAGGAAUUGCAAAAACUCAGGAACCCGAAAGAGGCCGUGGAAAUCUUCACACAGGAGAUGCUCGCUCUUCAUAGGGGUCAGGGAAUGGACCUCUUUUGGCGCGAUAGUCUGACUUGUCCUACCGAGGCUGACUAUCUCGAGAUGGUCUCCAACAAGACUGGUGGUCUAUUUCGGCUGGCGGUCAGACUAAUGCAGAGCGAGUCCGACAUGGGCGUUGAUUGUAUGCCCUUGAUCAACGUGAUGGGGCUCAUCUUCCAGAUCGCAGAUGACUAUAAGAAUCUGGCGGAUGACAAUUACACACAGAGUAAGGGUUACUGCGAGGACCUGACGGAGGGCAAGUUCUCCUUCCCUGUCAUUCACAGCAUCCACAGUUCUCCGGGCAAUCAGGUCUUGCUCAAUAUUCUCUCUCAAAAGCCCACCGAGUUGGAGAUCAAGAGGUACGCCGUGGAGUAUAUGCAGAGCACGGGAAGUCUUGAAUACACGAGGCGAUUUGUGGAGGCUCUCUCAGUCAAGACCAAGGCAUUAGCUGUCGAGCUUGAUCUCAAGUGUGGCAUAGACAGCAACGUGACCCUUGCCCUGGUGGACAAGAUGGCACGGAUCUGA